GGCUCCGGUUCUCGGCCAGUCUCCGCGAGUCUCCCCGAGCGUGUGGAGCGGCUGGAGCCCGGCGCUGCGCGGCUGUCGGCGGGCACCGAGACGGCAUGAAGGCUGCCGACUGCCUACCUUGGAGAACUCCCUGGACUUGAACGAACCGCCGCGGAUUUGAUUUUCACAAGCAGUUUUUCACGCACUUUCGGAGGAUUUUGUCCCCCAAAAAAGAAAGGGAAGAAAGACAAGGUUCAUUUAGCGAGGAAUUUUGGAGAGUGGAAUUACUACGUAGACUUUGCUACACGGAUAUACAUUGGGUGGGCCGCAGGGACACCAUGCGGCUUCCGGGCAACGCCUGAAUCGCUCGCCGGGAUGACGGCGGCGGCGUGGCUUUCGCUCUGGCUCGCCUGCGUCCUGAUGCUCGGAUGCACGGCGGCGGCCAGGCUGCCCGUCGCCGAGCCCACAGAUGCAGCGUCCAGCGAGCCGGCCUUCCUGGAGGAUUUUGUCCUGGGCGUGGGGGACACGCUAGAAAUGUCUUGUGACCCCGAAGAGGACUCUGCCCGCCCCGCCGUUUGGUACAAGGACGGUGCCGUGCUGGUGCCUGGCGAGCGGACGCGGCCGAGCCAGAGGACGCUGCGCAUUGUCAAUGUGUCCUAUGAGGACUCAGGUGUCUACUCCUGCCGACUGGCUCGCAAUAACAAGCUGCUCAGCAAUUACACCAUCAGGGUGACAGAUUCUCUGACGUCCGGUGAUGAUGAAGAUUACGAUGAAGAUCCAGAAGAUGCAGGUAAUGACAAUGAAGCUCCGUAUUGGACACGUCCGGACCGGAUGGACAAGAAGCUCCUAGCCGUGCCAGCCGCCAUCACGGUGAAAUUCCGCUGCGCGGCGGCGGGCAACCCCACGCCCACCAUCCACUGGCUGAAGAACGGCAAGGAGUUCAAGGGGGAGCAGCGCAUGGGCGGCAUCAAGCUGCGGCACCAGCAGUGGAGUUUGGUGAUGGAGAGCGCUGUGCCGUCGGAUCGGGGCAACUACACCUGCGUGGUGCACAACAAGUAUGGCACCAUCACGCACACCUACCAGCUGGAUGUGCUCGAACGCGCCCCGCACAGGCCCAUCCUCCAGGCGGGCCUACCAGCUAAUCAGUCGGUGGUGGUGGGCAGCGACGUGGAGUUCCACUGCAAAGUGUACAGCGACGCCCAGCCGCACAUCCAGUGGCUUAAGCACAUUGAGGUCAACGGCAGCCGCUUCGAUGCAGACGGUGGACCUUACGUCAAAAUCCUCAAGAGUGAAGUGAGCUGGCAGGCCGAGGCCCGGCUCACGCUCACUAUGUCCAAUGUGAGCGAGCGCGACGCCGGCAAGUACUGGUGCCGUGCCACUAACUUUGUAGGCAGGUCGCAAAACGCCUUCUGGCUCAAAAUACGACAGCGAGCAGCCAGCCCAGAGCAGGAGGACUACUAUGCCGACAUUCUGAUCUACGUGACGGGCUGCGUCCUGUUCAUCCUGGCUGUGGUCAUCGCCGUCCUCUGCCGCAUGCGCUUGAGCGCGCAGAAGACGCUGCCCGAGCCGCCCGUGCAGAAACUCUCAAAGUUCCCGCUAAAGAGACAGGUAACAGUGUCCUUAGAUUCAAACUCGUCCAUGAACUCCAACACGCCGCUGGUCCGGAUCGCUCGCCUGUCGUCCAGCGACGGGCCCACGCUGGCCAACGUCUCCGAGCUGGAGCUUCCCUCUGAUCCCAAGUGGGAGUUCCCCCGAGCCAGGCUGACCUUGGGGAAGCCGCUGGGUGAAGGCUGUUUCGGACAGGUGGUGAUGGCCGAGGCCAUCGGUGUCGACAAGGAGAAACCCAACAAACCUCUCACGGUCGCUGUCAAAAUGCUGAAAGAUGACGCCACAGACAAAGAUCUGUCCGACCUGGUGUCUGAGAUGGAGAUGAUGAAGAUGAUGGGCAAGCACAAAAACAUCAUCAACCUGCUGGGCGCCUGCACUCAAGAUGGCCCAUUGUACGUCCUAGUGGAGUACGCAUCCAAAGGCAACCUGCGGGAGUACCUGAGGGCGCGGCGACCGCCGGGCACGGACUACUCUUUCGACACCUGCAAGAUCCCUGACGAGCAGCUGACCUUUAAAGACCUGGUUUCCUGUGCCUACCAGGUUGCCCGAGGCAUGGAGUACCUGGCAUCGCAAAAGUGCAUCCACCGAGACCUGGCGGCCAGGAACGUCCUGGUGACGGAAGACAAUGUGAUGAAGAUCGCCGACUUCGGGCUAGCCAGAGAUGUGCACAACAUAGACUACUACAAAAAGACCACCAACGGUCGUCUUCCCGUCAAGUGGAUGGCACCGGAGGCCCUUUUCGACCGGGUCUAUACCCACCAGAGCGACGUGUGGUCUUACGGCGUCUUACUGUGGGAGAUCUUCACGCUGGGGGGCUCACCCUACCCGGGCAUCCCCGUGGAGGAACUCUUCAAGCUGCUCAAGGAGGGACACCGCAUGGACAAACCCGCCAACUGUACCCACGAGCUAUACAUGAUUAUGCGGGAGUGUUGGCACGCUGUUCCCUCGCAGAGGCCCACCUUCCGACAGCUGGUGGAAGACCACGACCGUGUUUUGUCCAUGACCUCCACGGAUGAGUACCUGGACCUGUCAGUCCCGCUGGAGCAGUACUCGCCCACGUGCCGGGACUCCAACAGCACGUGCUCAUCAGGCGACGACUCGGUCUUCGCCCACGACCCCGCGCCCGAUGACCCUUGUCUUCCCAACGACGACGGCGAGCUCGCCGUUCACUGUCUCGCUCCUUCCGAGCGGGCUCCCAAACUUUGAAGGAUUUUUCCGUUUUUUUUUUUUUUAAGCACCGAGUUUAUUUUUCUACACGGCCAGUCUUUUGUUAUGGACAAUCUGCGGGACGGGACGAAAGCGGGUUUGUCGGCGACCAAUCUGUGCCUAGCCUCCAAAGCUCAACUUCCUUCCAAAGUUGCCCCUUUUGUACAUAGCAAUCGCCGCAAAAUCACCUUCGAAGACGCUGAAGUUAUAAGCAUCGAGAUGUAUAUUUGUAAAGAUAUUUAUAGAGCUUGAGCUGACAGAGGGGCCCAAAACUGCCCAUUUUUCACACUUUUCUAACUUAUUUUCACUCGGGAUUUUUACAAAGGAAUGGCAAGAACACACUGACGAAAAAAAAUGAAAAAGGACACUAAAAUUAACAGAUGUCCAAUCACGUGGCGUCCAAUCAUCAAGCUGUGAAUUUUAUUGAAUUUGUUACUCGUAGAUACAGUGGUAUGAAAAAGUAUCUGAUCCUUUUGGAAUUUCCAUCAAAUAUGAACUGAUCUUUGUCAAAAUCACACAGAUGAAAAAACUGCUUUAACUAAAACCACCCAAACAUUUAUAGGUUUUCAUAUUUUGAUAAGGAUAGUAUGCAAACAAUGACAGAAGGGGGAAAAAUAAGUAAGUGAACCAUCAUUUUUAAAUUUUUGUGCCCCCCCCCCCCCCUUUGGCAGCAAUAACUUCAACAAGGCACUUCCUGUAGCUGCAGAUCAGUCUGGCACAUCGAUCAAGACAAAUAUUAGCCCAUUCUUCUCUACAAAACUACUAUAGUUCAGUCAGAUUCCUGGGAGGCCUGGCAUGAAUCACUGUCUUUAGGUCAUACCACAGCAUCUCAAUGGGGUUCAAGUCUGAACUUUGACUUGGCCACUCGAGAACGUGUUUUUGUUCUCGUGAAACCAUUCUGAAGUUGAUUUACUUCUGCGUUUUGGAUCAUUGUCUCGUUGCAGCAUCCAUCCUCUUUUUAGCAUCAACUGUCUGACGGACGACUUCAGGUUUUCCUGCAAAACAUCCUGAUAAACUUUUGAUUGCAUUCUUCCAUUAAUGAUUGCAAGUUGUGCAGGCCCUGAGGCCCCAAAUCAUGAUGCUCGCCUCACCAUGCUUCACAGUGGGGAUGAGGUGUUGAUUUUGGUGAGCUGUUCCAUUUUUCCUCUACACAUGACGUUGUGUGUUACUCACAAUUAAUUCAACUUUGGUUUCAGCAGUCCACAAAAUAUUUUGCCAAAACUUCUGUGGAGUAUCCAGGUGCCUUUUUGUGAACGUUAAACGAGCAACAAUGUUUUUUUUAGACAGCAGUGGCUUCCUCUGUGGGGUCCUCCCAUGAAUCCCAUUCUUGGCCAUAGUUUUCCAUAUAGUUGAUGUGUGCAGAGAGGUAUUGGACUGUGCCAGUGAUUUCUGUAAGUCUUAAGCAGACACUCUAGGGUUCUUUUUUUACCUCUCUGAGUAUUCUGCGCUGAACUCUUGGCAUCAUCUUUGGUGGACGGCCACUCCUUGGGAGAGAAGCAACACUGCCAAACUCUCAAUUUGUAGACAACUUCUCUGACUGUUGAUUGAACUUCCAGACUUUUAUAGAAGGUUUUGAAACUUUUCCCAGCUUUAUACAAAUCGACAAUCCUUGAUCGCAGGUCUUCAGGCAGCUCUUUUGACCGAGCCAUGAUGUGCAUUAUACAAUGCUUCUCAUCAAGACAUUCCUUACCAGCUGUGUGUUUUAUAGUGGGCAGGGCAGCUUUAAACCACUCAUCAGUGAUUGGGCACACACCUGACUUAAAAUGUUUGGUAAAAAUUGGUUUCAAUUGCGUUUUAAGUCUCCUGAGGCCGAGGGUUCCCUUACUCCCCCCCCCCCCCCCCCCCCUUCUGUCAUUGUUUGCCAGCUAUCCUCAUUAGAAUAUAAAAAGCUAUAAAUGUUUGGGUGGUUUCAGUUCAAGCAGACAGUUUUUUCAUCUGUGUGAUUUUGACAAAGAUCAGAUCACAUUUGAUGGUGAUUUUAUACAGAGAUGUAAGAAAUUCCAAAAGGUUCAGAUACUUGUUCAUACCACUGUAAAUGAACAAAAUCAAUAGGAAGUGAGUCAGGAAUGCUCCCAAAUGAACUCAUUGGCUGCCAUUGAUGGCAAAUUCACAGCAAAAGUAUAAUUGGACGCUACACGAUCACAUCAGCGGCGCUGAAAGAGUUCAGUUUCAGCACGAAUUCCAUUUUCCCACUUUUUCUUUCCAGUGCAUCGCUAGCAGUUAGCGACUUUUUCCGCGUUUCAACCUGAAGUUGUCGUCGUUGGCGUCUUGCUGGCCAAGAAAAGGCUGAAAACUACAAAGUCCUGUCGUGCUUUGCACCGCAGGAAAAAAAAAGCAAUAGUUGCUCGCGUGGGAAGGUUUUAAGCUUCAAAACGUGAAGUCAAACGCGAUAUUUUCUUCUUUUCGGGAGUUGGAACCAAAUGAAGUCUUAGGAUUUUUCCCUUCUACGCUACAGUCAACGGCGACAAAUCUUUGAUUCUAUGAAAUCAAAAAGUCCCUUGAUGGUUUUUCACUGAUUCGAAGCAACAACAAAAAAAUGAAGUACGAGAAAAUUAGCGGUGGAGUUUUUCUUAUUUAUUCUUCCAUGCUGUGUCAAAGCUUUCCCUAUGGUGAGAGUAUUUUUAUUCAAACCUUUUGUUUUUGCUGCCCCCUAUAUGUCUUUUGACAUUUAACACUUUCGCCUCCAUUGACGGCGAUAGACGUCCAAUUUUGUGGCUCUUUUAAUCCUUAGUUCAUCACGUGUAGUCAGUCAAUCCGUUUGAAGCGGGAGGGUGGAGCGAAAGAAUUUUCGCCGACAUUUCUCUCGCUUCAAACGGCUCGAGCGUCAAUGGCCGUCAAUGUUGGACAAAGAGUUAACGGUACCGAAACGUUUGAAAGUAUUCAAAACUAGCACUUGUGUUUAUAGUCAGAGGUGGAAAGUAAUGAGUAGCAUUUUUUAGGUGUUUUUUUUUUUUUUUUUUUAAACCUUUUUGUUGGUAUUAAUUGAGUCAUUUACAUUAUGAAACACUUCCAUUAAAAGAAACCAACUGAAAGUAGCAAGAGACGAGAGAAAUAAUUGCGUCAACAUUUGCGUCUGUGUGUCCACAGGGAUAACAUUAUUAAUUAUAGAUGUCUGCAGUGCAAUCGGUGGUCUUCAUAGUAAGCAGCUGGUGGCCAUCUUGUGUCAGAGGAGAGUGAUUUUCUUCACUAAAGCACUUUCAACUUCCUGACAGACUUACGAACAGUUUGGUUUAUAACCAUAUGGUACAUGCUGGAUGUUGAAAACAUAUAGUUUUAAGUAGCCUACACAGUUAAGUGGCUGCAUCUGAAAAUUGAGAACUCUAUAGCUUUUCUUUCUCACCAGGCAGCUGCUGCUUGUUAAAGUUUUCGAUGAGUGACAAGGGAGCUGCUUUGAACUUGCCAUAGUCCUACUUUUCAAAGACGCCGCCUCGUUUAACUUGUUAAACAUUUGCUGUAGUCGCUAUGGCAACUCGUUGUGUUGUGUGCUGUUCUAAGCAGCAUGAGUUUAUUUGAGAAGCAUUUAAUAAAGAAUUAUACUUUGGAGAAGAAAGGGGGAAAAACAUCUAUCAUGUAUCUCUUUCCAGUGCUAAAUAAAUACACACCAAAAAUACAUUAAACACACACAAAAAAAAUAUUUUUAAAUUUAAUGUAAAUAAACUACCUCUAAUUCGCAGAUUGUGAUUAUCGCGAAGGGUGGAAACAAAUGCUCAAAUCCCCGAAUUCUUUAUAGAUAUGGACGUAAAACGGUCUUGAUUCUUGAUUAAAAGCAACAACAACAAAAAAACAUGCAGUUAGCAUUUAUUCUACAUAAAUAUGUCGAAGUACAAUGCUAGUCUGUUAGUAAAUGUAGCUAGCGGCCACUUUAUGUAAACAGCUUUUCUGGUGAAAAUUAUUGAAAAUAAAUGCUUAAAUCCCCAAAUUCUUAUAGAUAUGGACCAGAGGUUGCGCUAGACAUUUUCGUUGUCUGUCAUUUUGACUGACAGGGUCAUAAAAAUCCGGUCAUAGUCUAUUUUUACCCGUCACUUAAAUUUUUAAAAUGAUAAUGAUGACAUAUUCAAUAGUAUUUAGUUUUCAUUCAUUUUUAAUUAAUAUUGUAACGCUUGCUUGGCGGCGAAAAAUUAGACACGGAAGUCGUGGUAUUUUUUUCCCUUUUUACUCUGCUUACCGCCAACAACUCCGCCCCCAAAGAAAAGGAGGCAACGAUAUAGACCCCAAUCACUAACGUCAUACAAUGAUCUUAAUUGUGGUUGUCAGCCCAAAAUCUUCUAAAUAUAUAUUAAAUGCAUCUUACCAGAUAUAAAAAGACUACUACAUAGUCUGUGGUGAUCGUUUGGUGCCCAGAUUUCUUGUCGAAUUACAGCAGUCCAUCUCGCUCUCAUCUUCGCGUCUCUCAGAAUACGGUAGAACUUCAAGUCUCUCCGUCUAUCUUCUCUGUUACAGCAACCAACCGCCACACACGCCUUCACCAUUUUGAUUAUUAAUAUUGACGAGCAGAAAAACACGCCGUAAUAGGAGGCAUGUACGUAGCGGUAAUGUAUAAACAUGACGGGCUGACACACAAUAUGGCGGCUCCGGUCAGGGGGGCGGAGUUGUGACGUCAUGUGAUUGGGGUCUAUACACAGGCGGCAAUCUUGUCCAUCAAUUGGAUGACGCGCUGGCACACCGGGUGCACCAAUAAGAACCUCGCGUUGAUGUGUCAAUCACGGUGCCGCCGCCAGACCCCGGUUACGCUACAAUAUUCGAGAGGAAUAUUCUGACAGAAUAGCCAACGACGUCAUGCAUUAAGAGAAACAAUAGCUAAUUAAUAUGCUAACUUGCCACCCUGUGGUCUGGGGUGUGGAUUGCAACCUGUCAAAAUGACUGACGGACUUCAGUUUUUUCCGUCACCGUUUUAAAAAACCGGUCAACGACGGAAAAUUUCCGGUUAACGCGACCCCUGAUAUGGACAUAAAACAGUCUCGAUUCUUGGUUAAAAGCAAAACAAACGUGCAGUUAGCAUUUACCUUACGUAAAUAUGUUGACGUACAAUGCUUGUCUGUUGGUGAAUGUAGCUAACAGCUGCCUAAUGUAAACAGAGCUUUUCCGGUGAAAAUUCAUGUGAAUAAAUGGUUAAAUCCCCGAAUUCUAUAUAAAUAUGAACGUAAAACAGUCUUGAUUCUUGGUUAAAAGCAAAAAAAACCUUGCAGUUAACAUUUAAUUUACAUAAAUAUUGCGAACUACGAUGCUAAUGCAGUAGCGGCUAAUUCCUUCCAUUGAUUUUUUUUCACGUUUCAAAAUGCAUGCAUGGUACAAAAAUUACAAUCAGGGGUGCACAUAAUUUUUUUGCCCAGGUUCUCAGAGGAGGACCUGGAGAUGUGACUUGGUCCUCAUUGAGCUUGAGAGCCGACCCGCCUGAUGAGAUAAAUUUAUGACAAGCUUUACUUAGAGCCAAUUAACUUUAAUUAAUUAUAUUAACAAUUAAUGCUUGAUUAACAUCAACUGGCACAACAAAAUUGCCAUUACUUUGAAGUGAAAUGUAAAGAAAUAAAAAGCACCAAUUCAAAAUAAAGGGCAUUAUGCGGCUCCCACAUUAACUCCAACCCUUUUUAAAAGUGGGGUGUCCUCCUCAUAAGACCUUAUUGAACGUGCAUGUUUAGCUUUGUAAAAUGCGAGCAAAAACACGUUUGUCAGUGCAUGUCGCUGUUCAUUACCUUUAUUCCGCCACUUGUCCAUAGGGCGAGCGGGGUCCUGUUUGACAUCGAUAGUUUGCUUAAUUGCCACAUGCUCUCUGUUUUUUUCGUGCUUUUCAAAGUUUGGAUGGCGGAAAUUCUUUGACCCUACAUAAAAUGCGCUGCUCUUAUCGGCGACAUUGGGAUUCUCACAGCACAUUUUGUACCGCAUUUCCGUGCGAGCAUCAUUUGCUUCUAGCCAUGGUACCUCCUACUUUUCAGCAAAAGUCCUUUUUUUCGGUAGCUCCGGUGACCACGGGGAACGCGGAAGUAAUUACUCAGUGUGGCCUGCCUCUUUGACAUUUUGAGAAGUUAUUUUCUCGUGUCCGCCGCAAAUACGGUGGUCAGCCAUCGGUACGCAAAAGCGUAUGGAAGUCGUUGAGGGCCAGCGCGUUUGUCUACGUCCGGUACGCAUGCGCGCAUACGGACCACUUAUGUGCACCCCUGAUUAUAAUCAUUACCUUGAAUCCUCAAACCAAUCAGUCCUGAGACCAUCCUUCCCUUUUGUAUGCGGUACAGCUUUCAUACAAAAAUCCGGCGGUAGAUCGCUGCAUGCGUGUGUUUGUGAAUAGCUCCUCUUGAUGUGGGCGGCCCCCUACUUGAAUGCGAGGCGCAGUGCAUGACCGAUCUGACCCGUCAAUACCAAUAAGAAGUCUAUGAUAUAUGUGUAUAUAUAUAUAUAUAUAUGUUUUAAUAAAUUGUUCUUAAGCACUUAAAAUGUAAUAUGUUUUAAACAUGUUACUGUCCCACCAAAUUAUUUUUAAAAACAAGUAAAGCAGAAAAAUGUUUGUAUUUAUUAAGUGCUUCAUUGAGUGAGUCCACUCGAAUCCGCUCAAGCUGCUAACUCACACACAAUGAGUUGCCACAGAAAAUUGUUUAACAAUUCAUACGAUGAUUGACGCAUGCUUUAAAGUAAGCGUCUCUGGAAAGAUCAAACCGUAAUCAUCUGUCAAUCAUCGUUAACUUCAAUAAGCAACUCCAGCACACUGCCUGACCAAGAAAAGUGGCAGGAGUGAAAUAAUAAAAUAAAAUACUGCUUUUAUUUAUUUUAUUUUUUUUUUAAAUUGAAAAAAAAUCCACGAUGGACUGAGGGUGCGAAGUAACGAGGGAUCACUGUAUUGUUAAUUUGCAUGGGUACCAGACAGUCAUUGACACCGCAUUGAGAGCAGUACUUUUGCAAUAAUUGGCUACUGUUACUAUUGUGCUUACAUUUUCACUAAUUCCUAUUACAUCUUUCUUUGCUUUGUGACGCAGUUAAAAAAAAGUAACAAUUUUUUCCAAAAAAAAAUGCCUUCACAGUCACCAAAAAAGUAAGUAACCUUUGCUUUUUUUGUACAUUUAAAUAAGUUACUUUUGAAACUUUUACACUAGUAUUUGAGUAUACUGUAUAUUUUUUUGGUACUCUUUCCACCCCUGGUUAUAACAGAUCAACCAAAAGCACAAUUUGACAUUUUGAAAAUAAGUUAAAUUCAAGUCAUGAGCGCAAAGCGACAACUCAUCUGUUAUUGUGCUAGAAAAUCCGACUUUUCCGAGCUGGAAUUUUUUGUUUUCUUCACACGGUGUUUUAUCUUUGGUCAGAUUAAUUUAUAGUUUUAAACAUGCUUGCUGUUGUACAUAAGAGACAUUAGACUUUUUUUUUUUUUGAUUUUUUUUUUUUUGUUAAGAGUUUUAUUUAGCUGUGUGAGCUAUUUUUGUUGUUGUUUUGCAUUCCACUUUAGAGCAAUUAGCAGCGGGCUUCUACCACCUAAUUUAUUUUCAGUCACAUAGAAAAGUGGAACUAACAUUUUGUCGCUUGUGAUGAUGCUGUGGAACAUUCCAGCGCCAGACGGCGCUGACAAAAUCAUCUUGCUGUCAAAAAUCUUUCAAUAAACAGCUUUUAUCUUGU